GUUUACAACAACGAUAUAUAGCCAACUCUAAUACAAACGAAAUGAGUUUACAAAGAUAAUCCAGGAUCAACGCUCGUUACCAGGAUGAGAGGAGGUUACGGUUGUUAAGGAAGUGACGUUCUAUACAAAAUCCUGGGUCUGAAUAGGAUGGAAGAUAUUUUUGUGCUCAUUUAUCGUUGUGUUGCGUGGCUACUUUUGAGGGUGUUGUUUUCUUUCUAUAUUUUAAACCGAUAGUUAGCUAUGAAUGCAAUAGCCUUUGGCUGUGCGGCAGUAGCAAGCGAAUCACUGGUAUCGACGUCGCGGGUUUGCCAGCAUAUUCUGGUCACAUAUGAUGGCGACGAGACUGAGCUGUUGGUGGAAGCUGUUUGGAUCACUCUGCCGGAUUUGUACUUUUUCCCUUCUAGUCCUGUUUGUACAUAGUCACACUUGUAGACACAAAGUACCCUCUCAAUCGGAGGUCGUCCACAAAGUUUACUUGAAGUCAGAGAGAAUAUCUAAAAGAAGUAUUGACCAGCAACUCAAAAUAAAAAUCACUUAUGAUUCAAGUUUGGAAGAGUUGGAUUCAGAGAAAAGAAGACUUGUGAAGGAGAAACUGUUUCCACAAGCGAUUGACUAUCUUCAGAAGACAUUUAGAGUUCGAAGGCAAACUGGCCCUGUGCUUCUUAGCAGGCAAUGUGCCACCAACCAGUAUUUGCGGAAGAAAGAUGAUCCACACCGCUACUGCCAGGGAGCUUGUGCUGAUGUCACCAAAUGUGGACCCGUCAUCGUCCCUGAAGAACAUUUACAGCAAUGCAAGGUGUGCAGCGAGUUGGGGCGGUCGUGCGGUCCGGCAGGGCCCCCGAGCGGGGAGGGGGUGGAGGGGGCGGACUUUGUGCUGUACGUGAGCGGGGUGACCACGGACCGCUGCGGCCAGGAGAACAUUGUGGCCUACGCCGCCUACUGCCAGCUGGAGUCCGAGCUGGACCGACCCAUCGCUGGAUAUGCAAACCUUUGCCCAAGUAUGAUCUCAACCCAGCCUCAGGAGUUUGUGGGCAUGCUGUCCACUGUCAAACACGAGAUCAUUCACGCCCUGGGGUUUUCCGCAGGGCUUUUUGCAUUUUAUCAUGAUGACAACGGGAAGCCUUUGACUCAGCGAUAUGCUAGUGGAUUACCGCCUUUCAACGAGAGUUUGGGCCUGUACCAGUGGAGUGAUAAAGUGGUACGGAAAGCAUCCAGGCUGUGGGACAUCCGUGGAAACAGGAUGCUCCGGCAUGAAGUUCACCUUCUAGUGACUCCCCGAGUGGUGGAGGAGGCCCGCCGGCACUUCGAUUGCCCCAUCCUGGAGGGCAUGGAGCUGGAGAACCAGGGAGGCCUUGGCACCGAGUUCAACCACUGGGAGAAGAGACUGCUGGAGAAUGAAGCCAUGACAGGAUCUCACACACAGAACAGAGUGUUUUCCAGGAUUACACUGGCUAUAAUGGAAGACACUGGGUGGUACAGAGCCAACUACAGUCUGUCGGAGAGGCUGGACUGGGGUCGGGGCAUGGGAUGCGACUUUGUGAUGAAAAGCUGCAAGUACUGGAUGGACCAGCAGCGUCAGAAUAGGCGGGUGCUCAGCCCGUACUGUGACACAGUGAGGACCACGCCCCUCCAGCUCACCUGCAGGCAGGACCAGCUGGCCGUGGCCGUUUGCAACCUGCAGAAGUACCCCCAGGAGCUGCCCCUGGAGUUCCAGUACUUUGACCACGUCGCGGGCGUCGCCCAGAGGGACCUGGCCUUCUACGGCGGCGCGGUGGAGAUCGCCGACUACUGCCCCUUCAGCCAGGAGUUCAGCUGGCAUCUGAGCGGGGCCUACCACCGCAGCUCCAACUGCAGAGUGCUGGAGAACCAGCCCGAUCUGUGGAGGAACUAUGGGGCGGAGGAGUACGGCCCGGAUUCUGUGUGCGUCUAUCAGAGGUCGCCCUUCGUCAUGGAGCAGUGCGCCACGCGCAUGACCUAUCCCGACUGGGGCAGCGGCUGCUACAAGGUCUCCUGCUCCGCCACGGGUCUGACGGUGUGGGUGCGGGACACGCCCUUCUGGUGCGCCCACGCAGGCCAGCUCCUGAACGUCAACGUGCGCAUGGGCGAAUGGGUGUACAGCGGGACGCUGGUCUGCCCGGCCUGUUCCGACUUCUGCGGCACCUGCCCGCUCCCGCACCAGCUCCCGCCCCUCAACGCCUCCAGGAGAACCCCCAUCGACCCUUGUUCGAGCUCUUCCAGCUUGGUGGUGACGUUGUGGCUGCUGCUGGUCAACCUCCUCCCUCUGCUGGCUGGGUUUGCCCUGUGUGCGUGGAACUGAAGCCAGCCCUGGAGCUCGCGAGCCCACUGAAGCUCGCGUCGGACCCCCCCCCCCCCCCCCUCCCCCACUGCCGUCGGCUUCCCGGCUACUGAAGUUAGCGCCCUGCUAGGAGAGAUCCAGACAGGAUGUUUACCGUACGUCCAUCAGCGCCCUCCCAAAA